AUGGCCGUCAUGAUGCGCACCCAGGCGCCUGUUGCCUCCCGCGUGUCUGCAUCGCGGGUCGUCGUCGCCGCUCGCCCGGCUCGUCGCUGCGUAGUGAAGCCGGUCUGGACCCCACCGACGCUGAACCCUGACACUCCCAGCCCCAUCUUCGGUGGUAGCACCGGCGGUCUGCUUCGCAAGGCGCAGCAGGAGGAGUUCUACGUCAUUACCUGGGACUCCAAGAAGGAGCAGAUCUUCGAGAUGCCGACUGGCGGUGCUGCUAUCAUGCGCCAGGGCCCCAACCUGCUCAAGUUCGCCAAGAAAGAGCAGUGCCUUGCUCUGACGACCCAGCUGCGCACCAAGUUCAAGCUGACCCCGGCGUUCUACCGCGUCUUCCCUGAUGGCAAGGUGCAGUACCUGCACCCUGCUGACGGUGUGUACCCGGAGAAGGUCAACGCUGGCCGCGUUGGCGUGAACCAGAACUUCCGCCGCAUCGGCCAGAACGUCAACCCCAUCAAGGUCAAGUUCUCUGGCCGCAUGAUGAGCCCGUGCGAGAUCUAAACAUGUACUUUGAUUGCAGCCUGAGAAGAGCUUUUCGUUUUGUAGAGCGGGGUGGUGAUGUUGGUUGCUCAGGCAUCUAGUUUGCGGCUGCUUGCUUAGGUGCCUUCCUGUUCUAGGUAGCGCAUGGUGGAUUAUUUGAGCAAUCACGAAUGAUUUCUUGGCCAUAGGCAUGUCGGCGAAGUGCUUCCUUGCAGUUUUGAUGCUGGCCUGCUGAUUGACAAGGAUUUCGUGAUUAUGGGCACAAGAGCAUCUGACGAUAAGAGCAGACACGACUAAUUCUCGCUAAUAUGGAAUGGCUGACGCCAUUUGCAUGUAACGUGGCCAGUGAGAAG